GUAAAUCGCGCGCAGUGAUUGGACACAGGUGCAGCCAACGAGUCCCGCAAGCUGCUCAUGUGCCAAGAGGAUCCCGGUGGGGUGAUGGACGAUCGGUGGCGCAGGGCCUUCACAGCAGGAGCUGAGAAGUUUUUAGCUGACCGGUGUAGUAUUAGAAAUGGUAACAGGCUAAACUGCAGAACAUGUUAAUGGACAGCUGACCAACAUCUCCAAAGGGAACAGGGACGGCGAGCAGCCUUGGAUUUCCUACACGGUGCGCCAUGGAUUUUGUUAAAAAACCCAAACUGCUCGACUUCAAGAGCUCCCCCCCUCACCUGCAAUUUAACGACUUUGUACUGACCGGGUACCGUCCCGUCUCGACUUUGAAAGAAUGUCUCCAUAGUCUCUUCUACCUGCACAAUGAGUUUGGGAACAUCUAUACGCAUGCCAUCCCAUUCCUGUGUUUCCUGUUGCUGCUGCCCCUCAACAUCCCCUGGUCCCAGAGCGACGCGGGCUGGAUCUGCGUGCUGCACUACCUGGCUUGCCUCUCCCCAACCGUGGGCUCCGUGCUCUAUCACCUCUUCAUGAACCAUGAGGGCGGAGAGCCCAUCUACGACACCCUGCUCUCGCUCGACAUGUUCGGCGUGUGCCUCGUCAACACCCUUGGAGCGCUGCCCAUCAUCCACAUCACGCUGCUGUGCUACCCCGACGCCCGGCGCGCUGCGCUCCUGGCCUACGUGACGCUCUCGCUCUUCGGUGUCCACUCUGCCGUGACGGCGCGCAGCAACAUGCGGCGGCUGCAGUCCUUCUUCUGGCAGGCGCUCUUCCGCGUCUUCCUCUACGCGCUGCGCUGGUACGGCCCGGGCACCGGCAGCCCCGACUCCAUGCACUUCUACGCCACCAUGGACUCGCUGGCCGUGCUGGGCGGCCUGGUCAACGUGGUGCGCAUGCCCGAGCGGCUCAGCCCCGGCAGCUUCGACUACUGGCUCAAUAGCCACCAGAUCAUGCACAUGCUGGUGGCGCUCUCCAUCGUCUACCUGCACUGGGGCAUGAUGGAGGACCUCGUGUGGCUGCGCACCUUUGAGUGCCCACCAGAGUGAACCAGGAACCUCAGGGAACACCAAGGAACCUCAGGAACCUUAGGGAACAUCAGGGAACCUUAGGGAACGUCAGGGAACCUUAGGGAACUGGGAUCAAACUUAGACAACAUACAGUACAGUGGAGUCACACUCUACAUAUAGACCUCUGGAGUUUGCCUACCAAAAAAGCCGCCAUCUUUGCCCAUAUAAGGAGAUCCGUGCCCAUGCAAUUUUUUCCUAUGGGAAAAUAAAAUGGGGAUUUUGAAUAAUUGCUCCAGUCAACUCUUGCAUUGACACAGAAGUCUGAGAUGCUGAGAUUUUGCCUUACACACUUUUGUCAUCUGUCUUUGAUUGAUAUUUUUGAUCUUCGGUAUGUCCAAUUGGGGAAUUUUGAUUUUUGCUACAUGGGAGCUGACCGAAGCUAACUAUUCUGAGGAGUUAGCCUCUGACUUUUGACACCGAAGAUCACAAAGAAACACUUGUAGUCAGAUGACAAAAGUAUGUAGUUCAAAAGGUCUGCAUCUCAAACCUUCUUCAUUACCUUCAACAGAGUUUGGCAGGAAAAAAUAUAUAGGAAAAAUAUAGGAAAAAAAAUGCAUGGACACAUGGCAUUCAAAGAAGUGUGUCGUCUGGAGAGUUCCAUGUUCAUUCCUAUUUACAGUAACGUUGGUGUAUAUAAUGUUGAAUAGAGUAAAAGUCAAAGACAGAAGUCAUUAGCAGCAGCUAUGGACUUCCAGGAUGCGCUUUAAAAGUUGGUAUAUUUAUGUUUACCUUGUUAAGAAGGGGUAUGUGCUUUGAUGUGCUCAUAACAGAGUUGAUUGAUAUUAUCCACAUCAGUGGAAAGCUGGGAAGACAAAUAUGGUGCUUGUUGUUGCUGUUGUGUAUAUUCUAUCUCUAUGGUGUUGCCAUCCAGGCCUGCUGGUCCAGGUCUUGGAGAGCGGCUGGGUCCUCAGGGUUUUACUUUAAUUCUUUAAUUCUAAUCAUGAACAGAAGGGACAUUUCUGUUCCUAAAGACAGGCCACUAGGAGGACCACCAGUGGCUCACAAAAUAACGGGGUAAUUACCACAUGAAGACUCCAGUCCACACACUAUAAGAUUUUACGAGUCAAUUUUGAGCAGUGACAUGAUACGCAAUUUCAGUCUGCAGUGUAAUGUACUGUUGCAUGGUUUCAUUGGAAAUAAAGUUGACUUGACUUGACUUGACUUGACUUGAAAGCAAAAAAGGAUUUCUCCAACAUUUUAUCAAGGACUGAUAAAGAAUGGACUUAGUAGUUGCGAACCUGACAGACAGUGUGCUUGUGUAGAGAAGAGAGAGAGAAGAGAAGAGAAGACCCUUUUGGACUGGGUUGGUGUGUAGAGAAGAGAGAGAGAGAGAGAAGACCCUUUUGGACUGGAUUGGUGUUGGUGUGUAGAAGGAUCAUAAUAGAAGUCUGUGGAGUCUACAGUGCUGAUUCUGGUCAGAAGAGAGAUUAAUUGGACGUUUGGUAGUUGUGGACAUUUGGUUAAUGCACUUUAGUGUAGGGCUGGGCAAUGUUCCAAUACUAUGAUCAAAUUGCAUUUAACACACAACAUUAUACAGUAUGCCAUAUUGUGAUUUGUUUAUGUUGAAUUAUGAAGGAUUCAUAUCCAUAUUCCAUUUCCUCCAUGAAGGACUUCAUGAUAUAUUUGCCAAAUGCUCAUGGUCUCAAAAGAAGGCACUUGCAAAACUUAUAUAAACUUAUAUUUAAACUUAUAAUACAACAGAGAUCAGCAUGGAUUUAUAAUCGCCAAAGUUAAUCUGUGAAAUUACUGUGAUUAUAUAUAUAUAUAUAUAUAUUUGGUCCCAUUGCUAAGCCCUACUACUGAUGGACUAGUAGUGAUCAACUUUUUUGCUGGGUGUUCACAUUGCAGUGUUCUGGUGUGUUCUGAGCGAUAUGGUAGUCUUGUUUUGUGAGUUGCUGAACUAUAUGACCUUUGCCAUCAGCUUGCACUGUCUGGAAACAAGGUCAGAGAAGCCUGUGAGGUUUCCAAUCAAAUCAUGUGAAUGCUAUAUGCAGUUUGGACAGUGGUGCAGUGUAGGCAGUAAAUUGCUACUGGCAAGUGGCAAAUUGUAACUACUUAUAUACUUGAAUUUUGAAAAGCUGGGCUGUUUUGACAUCGACUGUCGUUGUCCAAAGGCUACUUUUACUGGUUUGUUUGGUUUUAUUCACUUGUUAGUUGGGAUUGGCUGAGGGUCCCCAAACAUUCCGGAACUUUCCAGGAAGAACCACUGGCUGAGUAAAACAAAUUCCAUUCCAGAUUCAUCCGGAAUCUUGUUUAGUCUCCAGUCCCGGCUGUGUUGUCAAGACGUAUACUAUAGGUUCAGUUUACAUGCAGUAGGUUUUUAUCAAGUGAUGUAUUCCCUAUUCAACACUGGUGCAAUAAACAAAGAUCGGUUUUAACCAAA